ACCAAACGGGCGUCGUGUACAGUAAGCUUUGUUCAUCGGGAAUGAUAGGUUGCAGGUCUCUCAUCAGGUUCGUCGAACAAGCUAUUUUCUCACAAUAAUACAAGUUUGAUUCCUCAAUAUCAAUCCUGGGGCUUCAAAUUUCAGAAUUGUUGUGUCACGAGUCGACCGAGUUCUCAAGUUUACCAACUCAUGUGUUGCUUCAAGACCUACACAUUAUUACUUUCAGGUUAAAAUCUUCUCAUUUUUGCAACAGGGACAGGGCACUUAUUAUUGUUUAAGCCGUGAUUUUAUGAUGAGUGGUAGAAAGAAGAAAGUAUGUCUUGAAGACCAUGGCAAGAAACAUAAAAUAAUGAAUUCUAUCUGGAGACCAGUUGCCACUAAUGUCCGUUCUUGUGAAGAAAGCUUGGUAAAGGAUGCAACAAUUAAGUCAGAAGACGGAGGAGAAGUUCCAGAAGUGGGCUAUAGCACAUCUAACACUAUUUCAAAUGACCAUACUACAAAGGUAGUUGCUGAGGCCGUGGUUGAAAUUGCUGAAACAGCUACCAGUUCCAGUGAAUUUCAGCAUAAUGUUGAAAACAAGGUGCUAGAAGGAGAUUCAUCUCUCUCCACUGAAAAGCAUUCGAUUUCUGUGAAGGUUGGUGCUUCUCUAUUUCGUUUUAUUAAAGGAAAAGGGGGAUCCACACAGAAAAUGAUAGAAGCGGAGAUGGGGGUUAAAAUCAUAAUACCUACUUCAAAAGAAGAGGAUUUUGUUACCAUUGAAGGCACUUCAAUUGAUAGUGUGAAUUCAGCCUCAGCGAAGAUACAAGCCAUAAUUGAUGAGACAGUUAAGAGUCGAAAUCUUGAUUAUUCACACUUCAUAUCCCUUCCAUUGGCUAUUCAUCCUGAGUUAGUUGAUAAACUCGUCAAUUUUCAACACUCUAUCUUGGGAAAUGGUGGUUCUUGCAUGGAUGAGAAUACUGAUACUGAUAAUGAUUCCAAUGAGGACGAGGAUGCUACUAACAACAAAGAAGUGGAUCAACUGUCAAAGAAAAAUGCUGAUGUCACAGUUGAACUUAAAGUUGAUGAUAACAGUGAAUCAGUUAAAGUUAAUCUUACUAACAUACCCCUUGUCAGAUAUGCACCUAAGGCAUCCAAGUCUUCUGCUUUGUCAGACCUGGGAAUUGACAAAUCUAUAUUCAUAAAGCCUAAAACAUUUCACCUUACAGUACUCAUGCUUAAGCUGUGGAACAAGGAUCGAAUUAAGACAGCUACUGAGGUCUUGCAGAGUAUCUCCGCAAAAGUUAUGGAAGCCUUGAAUAAUCGGCCUGUCUCUAUAAGAUUAAAGGGACUGGAAUGCAUGAAAGGUUCUUUGGCAAAAGCCCGUGUUCUGUAUUCUCCUGUAGAAGAAAUUGGCAGUGAGGACCGUCUUUUACGUGCCUGUCAAGUCAUUAUUGAUGCAUAUGUUGAAGCUGGACUUGUCUUAGAGAAUGAUGCUAAACAGAAGCUGAAGUUACACGCCACUGUGAUGAAUUCAAGGCAUAGAAAAAGGAAGAAGCGGACAAGAAAAGUUGAUUCUUUUGAUGCACGGGGCAUAUUCAAGCAGUAUGGAUCAGAGGACUGGGGGCAGUAUCUAAUUCGUGAAGCUCAUCUUUCGCAGAGAUUUUCUUUUGACGAAAAUGGAUACUAUCAUUGCUGUGCUACGAUACCUUUUCCUGAAAAUAUGCUGGUAGAAUGAUUGAUUCUUGAUGACUAUUGCCUGACUUUCUUUAGGUGGAAUAAGGAUUUGGAUGGUAACUUAACGAAGUUUAUUAAACUUUUCUAGCAGCAAAUGACAAUGUUUGAAAACGUAAGCAUUAGAUAAUGCCUGGGGUUUAGAUCGAGUGUUGGUGUUUUUCUCGACAAUUGACAUGGCCUCUUGUCGACCUCAAUUUCCUAGUCGGUAGUUUAUAUGUCAGUUAAAAGGUUCAUAAAUACUGCUAGGAAUCAUUUAUUCGCUUGUCAGUGUAGCCAUUCAAAUGUCGACAUUCUAUUAGUUGGAAAAAACAAUUUUAUUGGAACAUUUAUGUUGACAGUGUAACAAUAUACUCCCAGUUAUUUUUAAUACACUUCAAAUCAAAG